CCGAGGGGGAGAACUCCGAGCUGGACGGGGGUCCGGCCCACGGCGAAGGGCGGUCAGCGCAGCCCGGGAGGGACCCGCUCUCGAAGAGAGCAAGCUACCAGCGAGGUGAAUCAGUGCCUUCCCAAUCCAGCAAAGCUCCUGCUGCUCUGAGGAAGGUGAAGUCAGACUCAGCCGAGAGGUUCCGCAAGUUCCUGAACUCAUUUUCCAGCCGGUUGUCCCGGAAACGGUCCUUUCAGGAGUCGGCCCCAGAUCAUAGCCAGCAAGAUAGUGUUGAUGCAGCAGUGACCUCUGAAACUCAGAGCCCUCCCAUUUCGCUGGUACCUUCAGCAGGAGUGCCAGUCUGGGACAUCAAUAACUGUACUCUUGUCAACGGCCAGUUGAUGCUGAUGUCCAAAGAUGAUGAGGCAGGCUGUAGAAUUAGGCUAAGGACCAGUAGCUGCAUAUCUGAUAACAGCCUCGGUGCAUCACUGAACUGGGACCCUGUACCUGGCAAAAGGAGCCCAGCUUCUGUGAGGAAAUUGGAGCGGGCAGGAGGCACUGGCGAGGGCCCCGUGAACAACGUGAAGAAUCUGAUCAUUCGAAGAUUGCGAAGGAAGAAUCAAACUCAACCAGAAACACCACAGUUUCCAAAUGACAGUGGACGGAGCUUGACAGGCGCUGGCUCCUAUGAAUCCUUGACUGGAUCCUUAAACCCGAUCGAAACUCUUGAUCUGUCUAACGAGACAAAUGUAAUAAUCAGGCCACUCCACAGCAGUAUCCUGGGAGAGAGAUACUGCUUUGAGGUGAUUAACUCCAGAGGGAGUCGCUGUUUUGGCUGCACAUCCGCUGCUGAGAGAGACAAAUGGAUAGAGAAUCUUCUUCGAACAGUCCAGCCCAACAAGGAUAACUGCGAGAGGGUGGAGAACAUGUUGAGCCUCUGGGUGAAUGAAGCCAAGGACCUGACCCCCAAGAAGAGGUACUUCUGUGAGCUCCAUCUCGACGGCUCGCUGUACGCCCGCACCACCAGCAAGCUCAGCCAGGAGGCGCUCUUCUGGGGCGAGCACUUUGAGUUCGGCAGCCUGCCCCCCACCAAGGAGGUCACCUUGCACCUCUUCCGGGAUGAUGACAAGAGGAGGAAGGAGAUGAGUGCCCUUGGCUCCGUCACCAUCCCCCUGAGCGAGGUGACCGGGCGCCAACACAUGGAGAAAUGGUACAACAUCAACGCGCCCCCCCUGAACAAGGGCAAGCUCAAUGUGCCCACCAUUCGGAUUAACCUGCGGUACCAGAACAUCAAGGUGUUGCCGAUGAUACACUACAAGGAGUUUGCCGAGUACCUUAUCUGUAACUACACCACCCUGUGCUCCGUGCUUGAGCCGGCUCUCAAGGUGAAGGACAAGGAGGAGGUGGCCUCUGCCCUGGUUCACGUCCUACAGAGCGUCGGGAAAGCCAAGGAUUUCCUGAUUGAGUUGGGGAUGGUGGAGGUUGACCGCUGCGAGGAGAAACAUUCCGUGCUCUUCCGGGAGAACACCUUGGCUACCAAAGCCAUCGAUGAAUACAUGAAGCUGGUUGGACAGAAGUACCUGAUCGAAACCCUGGGAGACUUUGUGACCAGGCUUUACAAUCCAGAGGAAAAUUAUGAAGUCGAUCCCAACAAAUGUCCAGCCAAUGACGUGUCAGAGAACCAAGCCAAUAUGAAGGCCGUCUGUGAAGAGGCGUUUCGGCAAAUCACAGAUUCGCAUUGCAUCUUUCCUGACGAGCUGAGGGAGAUCUUCGCAACUUGGCAGCAGCAGUGUCUCAGUCGGAGGAAGUCGGAGCUCGGGAUGCGGAUGAUCUGUGCCUCAUUGUUCCUGCGUUUCCUCUGCCCCGCCAUCAUGUCGCCCAGCCUAUUCAGUCUGACCCAGGAGUACCCCAACGACAGCACCGCGCGGACUCUCACGCUCAUCGCCAAAGUCAUCCAGAACCUGGCCAACUUUACCACGUUUGAAGACAAAGAGGGCUACAUGACCUUCAUGGACAAUUUCCUGGAAUCAAACUGGGACAACAUGAAAGUUUUCCUGACAAACAUUUCCAGUCCAGAGCCCAGCAUCAACAGCUCGGAGUUUGAAGGCUGUAUUGACCUGGGUUUGGGUCUGUCCAUCUUGCACUUACUUCUCUGUGACACCAUGUCUCGCUUGGAGCAGCGAGAACUGGGCAGACUGAGACCUCUCCCCGCCAUUCUCAAUGGAAUCACCCACUCUCUGAAAAACUCAAACAUACCACUGAUACAUUACCAAGACUUUGGUGAGUAUUGCCGGGACGACAAGCCGGUCUAUGUAGCUCCCAAGAAUGUCCAAACAGUGAGUGCAUCAUUACUAAGCCUGAACAAGUGUGCACAGGAGGAGCAGCAGCAUGUGAAGAGUAAUGGCAAACAAGACAAGGGAAUGUCUGUGGUGAAACGGACCCAGAGUGCACCAGCUCGCAAACGACCCAACAUCUCCCGGCAACACUCAACGCUGGAAACGGUAUCCAAAGUGCAAGGGCAUGCCAAGGAAGACAUACUCACAAACCUGCCGGACAGAUCUUACUCUACCCUGACCAAGACUCCCCUCUCUGUUACCCAGUCCCUAAAGUCAUCGCACACCUGCCCACAGAGCAAUCCACGCCUCAGGAUACAGGGUCAUAACCCGCGCCUGAUGCCCGUUGACUCAUUCAGAAAAUCCCAAGUCCCAUGGGAGCGCAUCUCUGGACACGAGGAGUGGUCCUGUCAGACAGAGGGAGGAAGACAAGACUUCAAGCCCUUUGAGAAGCAUGAGCAAGACAUUUCACACCUCCAGGAAAACGUGCAGACCAUCAACGAGGAACUGAAGCAGUUUCAGAGCCGCAUUGAUGAGCACGUUCAGAGAGUCCUCCAGGAGAACGAGGAGAGGCAGAAAAACCAACUGGAAGAAAAAGACAAACAAAUUAAGGACCUGAGCACCAGAUUGGAAGCAGUUGAAGAGGAGAGGAAGAAGGACAUUGAAAGGUUCGAGGUUGCUGCUCAGAACCAGCAGAAGAUUGAGUCUUUGGAAAGUCGCUUCACUGCGCUGCAAGAAGACCAUAAGGAAUUGCUGCUCUCCAUCAAGGGGCUGAGGGACAGUCACAAACCAACAAACUCCAACCACGUCGCCCCGUCCAGCUCCACACCCAAGGCUCCAUCCGAACCGAAUCCUGCACCCCAGGCCAACCCCAAGACACCUCCUGCCCCUGUCGAGGUCCAGGUUGUGGAGAACGGUCAAGUGGAGAUCGACGGUUGCUAGGAACCGCCACCGACCCUUUCAGAAUUGUGUUUCUCCUCCCUCUAGCCCCCCACAGAUCAGCACGAGCUGGGAAAUGUCAUCCUCCUCCUUCCAUUCCUGCACUAAUGUAACUUUUGACGUUGCUGUUCAUCUUCUUGGUACCAGAGGAUUGGGUCUGAAGUCUAACAGACAUAGUGACUGGCACCCACUCAACAUGUUGACAUUAUUGUCGACCCCAUCAUGAAUGGCAGGGCAAGGAUAGGGUGGAGGGCACAGAGAUGGCAGGUUUUUGACUCAACCCAGUUGUGAAAUGAUAUGGAGGGUACCACACAGACACAGGCCAUUUGGCCCAUUUUGUUCCAAAUAUGCCUUCUCAUGAGGUAAUGUUCUGGGGACCCAGGUUCAAACCCGGACACACCUGAUGACGGAAUUUGAAUUCAAUAAAAAUCUGGAACUAAGAGUCUAAUGAUGACCAUAAAUCCAUUCUUGAUUGCUGGAAAAACCCAUCUGGGUCACUAAUGUCCUUACCUGGUCGGGCCUCCAUGUGACUCCAGACCCACAGCAAAGUGAUUGACUCUUAACUGCCUUCUGGGCAAUUAGGGAUGGGCAAUAAAUGCUGGGCCCAACUAGCGACACCCUCAUCUAAUGACUGAAUGCAAAGAAAUCCCACUUUAUCUCACCCCAUCAGUCUAACCAGAAGGUCUCAUUCAAGGAACGUACAAAGUUGGAACCAUUGAGUCCCAUUGAAGCGAUUGUUUCCAUGUUUAGAUUAUGGUGUUGUAUCUUAAGUUCUCCCCUGUAUUUCCUGCAUAUUUCCAGAGCUCCGUUAUAAAGAACAAAGUCACUCUGCUUUAUCCAGUUACUCCCCUGGUGGGCACUGCCUUAUAUUGACAAAUCGAAGCAAAAAACUCCACCAGGUCUCUCAUGUGUGCAUUACAUCUUGCUCCAAAGAGAGAUCCUUUUAGAGAAAAAAAAUGUUUUUUUUUAUUCUUGGGAUGUGUUUGUGUAGACCAGUGUUUCUUGCCCAACGCUGAUUUUCCUGGAGGAAGUGGCAGUGAGCUGCCUUCCUGAACCCGCUGCGCUCCACGUGGUGUGGGUACAUCAGUUCGGGAUAUAUCGACCCAGUGACAUUUAGCUGUACCUCACAGAGAUCAAACUGGGGAGAUUCUGCCUGCGGAGGGGGUGACAUUUUGGUAUCAAAGGGAACAUUUUGUGAACAGCACAAUGUAACAUUUCUGUACGUUUGUAUAAAAGUAUGAGCUCCGUGUGGUAAAAUAUCAGCAGAAUCGAAUGCUUCAUAGCUUGAUCGUGAAAUGGAAGAUUCUGUGUUUGUCUGCGCUGUUCUAGCAAGUAAAUGCGAUGUCAAUGUAGAAUUAAGAGUCAAAUGAUGACUAGGGUUCCAUUGCUGAUUGUCAGAAAGACCCAUCUGGUUCACUUGUUCAUCUUAUAAUAUGUCUUAAGGAUCAGUUUCAAAUCCUAGUUUAUAUGAUAUACAAUCUCAUUCUUGGUUACAACACGGCAGCACUAAUUUUCAUCUAUUUGGCAUCCCUAAUGUCGCAAAAUAUUCCAAGGAAGUUUGCAAGAGCAUUAUCAGAGAGAAAUUGUCAUGUACGUAGAUCACGGAGGCUAAAAAUGGUUAACUUUUAAUGAGAAUCUUUCGAGACAGAGAGAGGUGGAGAAGAGAACGCUGAAACAAGAUUAGACCAUUCAGCCCUUUGACUGCUGUUCGAUGAAGUUAUUAUCGGGGUGGGGGAGUGAGGGUAGAUCCGGGUCUCAGAGUCUGAAGGCACAGCCGCUGAUGCAGGGGGCCAGGGGGUUGGAGGGGGGUGAAUCUGCACUGGGCAAGAGUUCUGUGGAUCUGCAGCAGGUUUUGGGGCAGGAAGGAUGAAGGCAAUGGAAGGAUUUAAAGACCAGAAGGAGGCAUCAAAAUUGAGGCAUAAUUGGGCUGAGAGCCAGUGUAGAUCGACGUUCAUGGGCAUCGUGGGAUUGACGCAAUGGGAGAUGGGGUUUGCUAAGUUUCGGAUCGGCUUACAUUCACAGAGGUUGGAAGACCAGCCAUUGCAAUAGUCAAGGUGAGAGGUAUAAAAGGUUGUGCCAAAGGGUUUCAACAGCAGGUUAUCGGAGGAAGGGAGAGAUAGAGUCACACCGGGACCGCGUACCAAACUGAGGUUUGUUCAGGGCUCCCAGGUACAGGAGCCACUGGAGAGCAGAUGUAGAUAAGUUUGAUUUUCACACUUGGCACAAAAGUCCCCAAUUACUCAGCAGGUCGAGCAUCACUCAUUCUCUUGCUUCAGACAAUUAGGAAAGGGUUCUUCACCAAAGUGUGUCGAUGUGAGACACUGCUUUGGGAAAGUCACCCACGCCAUGAGCCGCUAUUUGCUGAGGAAGCAGUGUGUGACCACCAUCUCAUGAGGAAGAGCAAGCAGAAACUGUCCAUGUCUCCCUCACCAUUCCGGCUGUGGGGUUGUCGGAAACUCUGUUUGGCGUCAUGAGGGACAUCUCAAACUGUUAAUAAAUGGUGAUGAUUGUACAGUUAA